AUGCUAAUAUUAAAAGUAACAGGAUUUACACUGUUAUUGGUAGCGUUUGCAUACUGCAAAAUGCAAACAAUGACAGUAAGAGGACAAGUGGCAUGCAGUGAUAAAUCGGCUAUUAAUGUUCAUAUUGAAUUACGUGAAGCGGAUACAUGGGACCCUGAUGAUUCACUUUCUGCAACUCAUUCCGAUCGAAACGGACGCUUUGAAGUGAGUGGACAGGAAGAUGAAAUAGGCAGUAUUGAGCCUUAUUUGCGCAUUACUCAUAGCUGUAAUGAUGGUGUUAUCGAUCCGAAAUGUAGGAUUGUGGACGAUUAUCAAAUUCCAAAAGAAUACAUCAAUGACAUCUAUAAUAUGGGUAUCGUUAGUUUGAAUAUCGCUCAAGAAGGCAGAGAGAAGAAGUGUAUUUAA